CUUGCAGCAGCCAUCAGUUGAUUAAGCAUUUCAUAACGGUGCACAACCAGCAGUUGGCUCAGUCAGUCUUCAAAUAUUUUGGAUUAAUUCAUUCAGGAUACAAAGUUGUAAGAGUACACUGUUUGCUCUGUGAUUUUAUCCAGUGCGUUGAAAAUACCAAAGAAUUCAAAGCGUUUAUAAUCAUGUCGACAAUGCUACGUUGCAGUUUCCUCCUUAUCAUUGCUGUGGUUCUCUUGAGCGCUCAUAACACCUCAGCUAGCAACUCACGGCCGCCACGAAACAACGACAUCAGCAAUAUGGCCGACGCACUGAGGUAUUUACAGGAUCUGGACGCUUACUAUGGCGAUCGGGCGCGUGCCAGAUUCGGCAAGCGCGCUCCUUUGGUACAACUUUUGCGGCAACAUCUACUUGAGAACCCAGAGCUGUUGCACAACUCUGAGUUUAAAGCAGGAGAUGAAGUCUAUUAAAUAGUUACCUGGAACCCUCUAACUAAAGGCAACGGACAAAGAAUCUAGUAAAGUAGACAACAUGACAAGAAUAUAACCUCACCCAGAUAAUGUCAUAUCGGAUCUCUUUAAUAAUUUAUUCAAAACUUUUGGAGCAAGUUUUUUUGAGUUAUACUAUAUAAUGUGUAUAUGUUUUUGAACAUCUGCACACAUUUUUGUAAAAUAUAUAUUUAAAUAUUGUUGAAUAAAUAAUAUAUAUGAAUAUGCACUUUUAAAGUGAAAAAAUAA